AUGGGCAGGGGCUUUGGGUUCUGUUGGUGUUGUUAUAAACCGAAAGUUAAAGAUCGAUUCGAUUUGCAACCGUUCUUGAUGAGGCGUUUGCCAAUUUUCUGGAUUAUGGGCCCUCCUGGCUGCGGUAAAUCCACUUUAGCUUGUAUGCUGGAAAAGAGCAGCAAAUACAAUUUGGUGAAAAUCUCGGAUUUGAUAAACGAGGAAAUCACCAAGGGAAAAUUCAGGGCAAAGAUUAUCGAAGAUUGCCUAAAAAAAGGGAAAUUCGUGCCGGACGAGAUCAUCGUAACCUUGAUUAAAGAGUACAUAUUUUUGAACUACGCAAAUGCGAAGGGAUUCAUAUUUUCCGGUUUUCCAAUCCACUUGCGACAGGCAAAACUUUUCGAACUUGAGAUCUGCAAAGUCAACAUCAUAAUUUACUGCACCCUCGUUCUGGACUCGCUUCUAGGAAGGAUGAUCACUAAAUAUGGAGAAAUCAAUACGGAGCAAGUGCGCUUACAAUUUGUAGAGAAACAUAAAAGUUCGCAAUCAAUUUACAAAUAUUAUGAGCACAAAACUUUGAAAGUUAUGACAAAUUACCCACCCGAAGAGACAGUAACAAAGUUAAUAUCGGAUCUGGAGGACUACUGGGGAUACAAAUUCGAGAGAUUGUACAAUAAAAAUUAA